GCGGUCAUACUCGAAAAUUGUUUGCCCGCGCGAGGUGCUGCGUUUCGUUUCGGCUCGCAUCGAAAACACAAGAAAAAAACUCACAACCGCCGGGAAAAAUCGCGAAAUAAUUUGCUGUUUUUCGUGAUAAAAAAAAUUAGCAAAAAUAUUGCCAACACACAUUUGCUUACGAAAAACUCGAAGAAUGUGCGGGUAAAACAAUAGGCGACAACGACAACAACAAAUCGUGUGCCACCCCGGACUGCCAGUGUGCGAGAGCGAGAGAGGUGGUCGUGCGUCCCUCUCCAACACACACACACACACACACUGACUCAUCGCCGCCGACGACGCGUACGCAACAAACGAAAAUAAAACGCAAGCGGAAAGGAGAAGGAGAGAGAACAAAUAACGCCCACCGUAACACCCCCCGCGAACAAGAAGCUGAAGCAGAAGCAGAGAAAGACGACGACGACGAAGAAGCAGCAGCAAAGGCAGACGGCAGAAUUGGAGCUUUGCGCAGAAAUCGAUUUUUUUUGCCCAUUUUAAGAGAAUUUCGGUAGCCGCCUCUCCCACUGCCAAAAAUCGUUUAUCGCCCCAGCGUGCGUGCGUGUGUGUUUGCCGUGUGUGUGCCGUGCGAAAGUGAAACAAACAAAUACAACACGAGGGAGAAAAGAUUAAAAUUAUAUGGACGUUGUAUUUUUAAUAACAACAAAAAAACCAGUGAGUCACGGUAAAUAAGAAAAAAACAACAAAUUCAGCAGCAGCUUUAGCUUUUUAGCUGCUGGCAUUGAAGAGGUGCUCUGCCGCAGUCGACGUCGCUGCCGCCGCCCGCAACCACGCGCUCUCUUUGCCUCUCUGUCUCUCACUCACUCUCUCUUGGUGAGCGAAAUAACACCACACCACACACACACAAACAAAAAAAAACAACAUAAUAUUAUUAACCAAAAUCGCCAGCCAAAGUGCCAGUUUAGUUAAAAUUAUACACUAAAAGUAAACCGAAAAGAGAGAGCUGCCAGCCAAAAGCGGAAAAUCAAUAAGAGGUCUCUCGCAAGAGUGGGAAAAACGUGCAAACAAGUUAAAAAGCAAAGCUGCAAAAAGGCAAAAACGGAAAACUCCGCGCGCGUUUACACGUGUGGUUUAUGUGUGUGUGUGCGUGUUCAACGUUUAGCUGCUAAUCGCAAAAACACAAUCUGCAAAAACCGCGUAACAAAAGCUUACGUAAAGCUUGCCGAAACAAAAACCAGCUACAACGAAAAAAAACCACAUAAAAACUAUAAACAAUAAGAAAAUAACUUAAACCAAACCAGAGGAUUGACCCCCUAAUAAACAGAAGUUCCCCCCACAAACUAACUAUCAAAAACUACACCCCUAACAAAUUCCCCAAAAAAUCCCUUUGAAAGACCAGGAUAAACCCCCGACACAAAGAUGACUAAAGACAGAUUAGCCGCCCUCCAUGCCGCCCAAUCCGACGACGAGGAGGAGACGGAGGUGGCCGUCAAUGUGGAUGGCCAUGAUUCCUACAUGGACGACUUCUUCGCCCAGGUGGAGGAGAUCCGCGGCAUGAUCGACAAGGUGCAGGACAACGUUGAGGAGGUGAAGAAGAAACACUCGGCCAUCCUGUCCGCCCCGCAGACGGACGAGAAGACCAAGCAGGAGCUGGAGGAUCUGAUGGCCGACAUCAAGAAGAAUGCCAACCGGGUGCGCGGCAAGCUCAAGGGUAUCGAGCAGAAUAUCGAGCAGGAGGAGCAGCAGAAUAAGUCAUCGGCUGAUCUGAGAAUCCGAAAGACCCAGCACUCGACAUUAUCAAGGAAAUUUGUCGAGGUGAUGACCGAAUAUAAUCGCACGCAGACCGAUUAUCGGGAGCGUUGCAAGGGAAGGAUACAGCGUCAGCUGGAGAUCACCGGCAGGCCGACGAACGAUGAUGAGCUGGAGAAGAUGCUGGAGGAGGGCAACUCGUCGGUGUUCACGCAGGGCAUCAUCAUGGAGACCCAGCAGGCCAAACAGACGCUGGCGGACAUCGAGGCCCGCCAUCAGGACAUCAUGAAGCUGGAGACAUCGAUCAAGGAGCUGCACGACAUGUUCAUGGACAUGGCCAUGCUGGUGGAGUCGCAGGGCGAGAUGAUCGAUCGCAUUGAGUACCAUGUGGAGCACGCUAUGGACUAUGUGCAGACGGCAACUCAGGACACCAAGAAGGCGCUCAAGUACCAGAGUAAAGCCCGACGAAAGAAGAUCAUGAUACUGAUCUGCCUCACUGUGCUGGGCAUCUUAGCGGCCUCAUAUGUUAGCAGUUAUUUCAUAAUCCAAGCAAGCAAGUAGCAUGCUCAUCCAGGCCUUAUAAUCUGCAUUAUCUACACAUAUUUUGUAGUACAAUUCAGGCAAUGCAAAAUCAUUAUGCUAAUUGAUAACACUGAAAAAAAAAAACGAAACGUAAUGUGUAUGAGUUUUUGAGAAUUAUUGUGAUUAAGAUACACUCGGAGAAAUGCUUUCGCUUUUAAGUAGGAAAUGCAAAUUUUGUUAAUGAGCACCAAUUUGAACUCGAACUCACGCGAAUUGGUGAAUUUCUGUUUUGAUUAUUAUAUUACCACCUGCAAAUGUCAGACCUGCAUUAUGUGCACGUUUUUGUUAGAUACGUUAAUUCACCUUUUGAUCUUUUGAACGAGCGAAAAGAAAACCGAAAACUGCAACGACAACAGCAACAACAACAAUCAGCACGUUUCCACCACAACAGCAAAGAAAACCCCAGUUAACACACCGCGUUAUUUAGUGAAAAGAAAAGCGAGAAAAUUGCGAAAAAAUCAAAUGACUUCGUAUUAUGUCAAUCAAUCAAGCUGCAACCACAAAAAUGCAAUCAAAGCCCGAAAAAAAUCAAAAUAAACGAGAAAAAAAACGCGACUCCGCCUUGCCACGCCCUCUUCGUCCAGUGGAAGUUCCAGUCCGGUUUCCGGUAUUCCAAUGUUUUCCAGACCACCAACUUCCACAGCCACCGAACAACAUAAAAAACAGCUGCAAUGCUCCAUUCCCACGCGCUGAGAUAAAAACCCAACGCAGCCAGCCGCCCAAUGCAUACUAAUGAGCGGAGGAGCCCGGGAGUCACGUAGCCAGAAGUAAGGGAAAGCCAAAAAGGACCUCAUCCCAUCCCUUAAAGCGGCGAAGAGCGGUGGCUCUAAUUAAGACAGGCCUGGUCUGGAAAGUCUGGAUGGUCUGGUCUGGGCCAAAAUUAAUGGAACCCACGAGUGGUGGAGCGUUUUCGGUGUUCACACAAAUUAAAUUCCAUCAAGUUUAUUUGCUGUAAAUGAGAGGCAGUGUGGCAGAAGAGGAGAGGAGUGGAGUGGAGUGGAAGUGCUGGCCUUAAUUUAAUUUCCCCAUCCUUAACCCUUUGUGCCCCUUAGCACGUGUUGCCAUGUUACCAUCUACCAUUUACCACUUAGAAGCGAAAGAAUAGGCCUACAGACACCUACACUUGAACACACAGAUGCUAAAUCAGAUUCGAUUGAUUUAAAUUCGUUAGAUUUUCCAUGUAAAUAGUCAUUAUAAUUAUUAUUGUGGUCUACGUUGGUAUUUGCGUCGAGCAAUGUCAGCGGUGAACCUUGAAAAGCGGAAAAAAUUGUAAACAUAAAUCUAAUAUUUAUUACGAAAUUUCAUAAUUGUGCAUCUCGCAAAUGCUAUGAUUACAAAAUAUUAAAAGAAAUGAGACGAACGAGCGGAGGGCAAAUCUAUUAAUUAGUAAUUAUUAUAAUGUGAUGUUAUAUAUAUAAAUCAAUCGAUAAACAAAAAACCUAAGGCAAAUUAAACAUAAAAAAUGAAAUAUACAAAACUGUUAACCAACGUAACAAAUUUCACUAAGUAGAUUUUUCGAAUUAAAUUUAAAUUAUAAUAAUUAAACAAAUAUAGCAAGAAAGAAGAGAAAACAUAACAACUUUGCUGUAUACACGAGAUAAAACUGCGUUUUUCUACUAAAAAUGAAUAUGUAAAAUGAUUUUUCAGACUUAGAUUACCCCAUAUUCCUAAUUAUAUAAAAACAAAUUAUACAUAUAUAAAUUACAAAUUCUAUGUAAAUGUUGUGCGUAUAUAAAAGCAAAAGCGUAGAACCCCAUAUUUCGAGAACUUUUAGUUAUUUAUUAUGUGUGUGCUAUAUCUUCAUCUAUGUAAACAUAAAAAGAGCGCUUUGCUUCGUCUAGGAAACAUUUUGGGCCUUAAACCAACCCUACUCAAGCCUGGGCCUUGGUGUUCUUCUUGUUACCCAGCAUUCUUCAGAUCAAUAUAUCUAUAUACCCCUGGGGAGGGGGGCAACCCACACACUAAUGGUUAUUCUAUAUCUACGUAAAUGUGUUCGUUUCUAAACUUGUAUAAAAGCACGUCCCCCUCUCCGCUCAAACACGAAAAGUUUGUAAAAUAUUGACAGAGAGCAAGAACGAAGGAAGAUACGAAAUUAUCUUAUAAUAUUAAUACUAUUUCCGGGAAUAAAAGAAGAAAACAUUUAGUUUUUCUUCUUGAAUCGCAUUUCUUCCACUUUUCACCAAUCAAAACAAAUUUAAAUGAGAAAUUUAAUACGAAGAAUUGAAUUUUGAGUCUCUUCAAACCUCAAGCUCAAAACAGACCCUUAAAAAAUAAAAUAAAAAAAUAAUAAUGAAGUUUCUAGGUUCUAUUAUUUAGUUAUCUUGUUAUUUAUAUGUUUAGCUUUAAUUUUUGUCUAAUAUAUUUUUAAGUUUUGGCUCCGCAAUAAAUACAGACAAUUAUAUAUAUUUUUUCUAUAAUUUGUUUCAUUUUGUCAUUAUUGAUUCGUGGACGAAUAAAAAAGAAAAUAAAACAAAAAAAAUGGAUAACAAAUGAAUUGCUAAAUUUAAGCGCAAAAGUUCAAUUAAUAAAAAUUAGAAUUUUAAAAUUAACAUAAUUUGGACUAUUUAUAUAUACAUACGCAUAUAUAUACAAAUCUAUAUAUGAAUAAUUAGUAACAAAUCAAAUCAAUUUCCAUAACAACCGCCAGAGAAAAAAAACAAAAAAAAAUAUAUAUUCUUAGUGACGAGAGUGCAACAAGACACACUCGUGCAAUUGUACUUUAAAAUUGAAUAAAAUUCAAAAAGAAAAAAAACAAUGAACAGUGGAGGUGGAUAAUGAACGAGCGAAAUGGUAUAUGAAGCAUCACAUGCAACUCUGACUUUCAUAGGGUUGCCACCGUCAACUUGCAGGCAGCCUUUAGAAGAGGAAAGCAGCAACCGUCGAAACACAAGCAGACUCACUCACACACAAGGCUUGAGAUCAGGAGAGCAAAAGGGAUAGAUAGAAGUUGCUUCACCGAGUUAUAGAAUUGAUUGAUGAUUAUUUUUGGUGAAUGUGUCGCGCGUUGGGAGCAGCAAUUGCAACAAUAAUUCCAGGCAUAUCGAAGCAUUUUUACUCAGCACUCAGACGACAGCAAUCAGCGAAAUCGGCAACCAAAACUGAUGGCAAUAACAAGCAAAAGAUAAACAAUUCGGGAUCAGAGAGCGAAGACAAACAGGAUGAAGAAGCAACCACACACACACACACAGAGAUACCACACACACAAACACAAUAAAGGACGAAAGCGAACAAAUAAAUACUUAACGGGAUUCACAUAUGUAUAUUCAAGAAGCAAUAAUGAAAGUAUAUUUCCAAGUAUGAUAAAAAACAACCAAGAAAGUCAAGAACUAACAUGAAUAAAAAAUAUUUAUACAUAUAUUUUAAUUAUAGUUACAAAUUAGCAUAUAUAUAAAUAUACAUACAUACAAACAUAUAUACCGAAGAUAGUCCAAAUAAUUUAGCGAAGAAUGAAAACCAAACGAAGUAAAGUUUAAUAUUUACAAAAUAUUAAAAUAUCAAUGUGCAAUUUAACAAGCGUUUAAAACACCACACUGACACAGCCACACAAAAUUAAUGCUACACCUAUAUAUACACACAUAUGUAAACCGAUUAUAAACAUUAUAUAUGCGUAUAUAACAAGUCGAUACGAAAUAACGAUCCAUUUAAAAGCGAGUGAAGGCGAGCGACAAACUUUAGUGGCGAAAAAAGAAACAAUUUAGUUUUGUGUGCACACACCACAGUAAGACCUACUUAAAAGGAAAUCAAAAUUCAACUAACAAAACCACACGAAACGAAGCCGUGCUAAAAAUGCUACAGAAGGCGGUUCAAGUCAAGUUUUUGAGCAAAUACUCAUAAUUGUUAAAAAUGUUUAAAUAAUAUAAUAACAAAAGCAAAAAAAAACAAAUUAAUUAAAAACAAACAAAAAUCCGUAACAAAAACAAAUUGCAUAUUAUCAUAUAUUUUCUCUCUCCUUAGACAAUUUAGUUAAUUAUGAAAAGUAAUGAAAAACAAACAUUAUACCUAAGUGUUAGUCUUAUAUAUAAAUAAAUAUAUGAUUAAUAAUUAAAAAAAAA